UGUGUUUUACCACGCACUCGUGUUGCACAUAGUUCUGCUGUGCUGAACACUCAUGUGUUCGGUCUGAGGUGUCGCUUCCUAAUUCAUUCACAAGCUAUUCCCGUGCAGCACAUCGCUGGACCCCGUCUCAUCAUCAUUAUCCAGCGCAUAGGCCACAUAACAUGCUUCUGCUAGAAGAAAAGUACAAGCCAGUCGCUGAGCUGCUGUUGACUUCCGGAACAUGCCCUAGAUGUGUUCUGCGUUUCUGCUGCGUCGGAUUCCCAGCACCUUAUCGGCUUCCAUACCAGGAACUGGCUGCUGAGUUGUGGAAGUUCCUGCGAAGUGAUGGAGACAUUUCCCCACCUAGUAAGAAGGUCCGGUUGGAAGAAGCUUUGGAUGGGUGCAAGAAUGAGAUCUCUGGGAAUGUCAAAGAUGCUGAUGUAUCCGAAGAGCCUCAGACAUGUAAUGUGUGCCUGGGGAUUCUGCAGCAGCACUGCAGUACAGAGUUUGUUAAAAAGAUUUUCCAUAAAGUCCAGUCCGCUGGGUACGAGUUUCAAGACUUUGUUUUCUCAGUGUCCCUCCCAGCACAGCUAUUAGUGAGAGAGCAUUCUACAUGGCUGCAAGCCCAACAGGAAAUGAGAAAGCAAGAUCGUCUUUUGGAAAAAGCAGAUAUUAUCCAGCUAAAGGAGGCCUACAAAUGGAUAAUACACCCCAUGAUCUCCGAGGAAUUGGGAGUACAAGCAGUGAGCAAGAGUUUCUUUGAAGUUGGGGUGGUGUUCUACCACCAAGAAACAGAUGAGGACUGCCACUUCCUGGCGACGGUGUGCAAAGACUGUUUUAAACCUACCAAAAAUAAACAAUCCAUCUUCACCAGAAUGGCCGUUGUGAAGGCUCUUGACAAGAUAAAAGACAGUGAUUUCUGCCUCCACUUUCCAUGGCCUCCAUCUUCCCCAAAGACAACGUGCCAAGUUGUUGAUAUCCAGUGCAACCAUGCGUCAGUUUUCGUGGCAGGAAGAUAUAACAAAUAUUCACGGACUUUGCCCCAGACCCCUUGGGUUAUCGAUGGGGAGAGGAAGAUGGAGUCUUCGGUGGAGGAGUUGAUAACGGAACAGCUUAUGGCCGUGUUUAAGGCUGACAGUUUCAACUUCUCAUCUUCAGGAAGAGAGGACGUGGACGUCAGGACCCUUGGGAGAGGAAGGCCAUUUACCAUUGAAAUUGUAAAUCCUCACAGAGUCCAGUUCACUCAACAAGACAUGAAAGAUCUUCAGCAGAAAAUAAACAUCAGUGACAAAAUCAAAGUCCGGGACUUGCAGAUUGUUUCUAGGGAGGCAGUGGCACAUAUGAAAGAAGGUGAAGAAGAGAAGACCAAGUGCUACAAUGCACUCAUCUGGACUGAAAAGUCCAUAAGGAAAGAAGACCUAGAAUUUCUCACUGACAUGAAGAUAUACAAGGUCAAAGCAUCCACUCAUGAUACUUGGCUGACCCCAGGUCAAUAUAUAGAAAAGGAGUUGAAGAUCAUACAAAAAACUCCUCUCAGAGUCCUCCACAGGCGACCGCUGGCUGCUCGAUGCAGAAUAAUACACACUAUGAAAGCAGAGUAUGGGGACGAACACCAUUUUCGCCUGUAUUUGAAUACACAAGCUGGGACCUAUAUAAAGGAGUUUGUACAUGGUGACUUCGGCAGAACCGUUCCAAAUAUUGGCUCCAUGAUGAAAACUACAGCCGAUAUCCUAGAGCUGGAUGUGGAGUCUGUGGAUGUGGACUGGCCGCCUUCUUUAGAAGACUGAUAUUUUGCAAGAGUUGAAACUCACCAUGUGUACAUUGGCACAACAGUGGACAAAACCGCAUUCACUGGAUCAUAUUGAUCUGUCAUUAUAUGUGGUUAACAGUCAUGGCAUAGUAUGUGAAUUAUGUUUCUGCAAGACGAGAAAAGGUGAAGAUGAACAAGAAAAUGAAUUAUUUUUAGUCACAUGAUGUCAAAACCUCUUUUUUAUAUAAUGUUUGUACUACCUUGAGGGAGGUUAUAAGGGAAUUUACAGACAACCCGUGGAGAUGCCACAUGGAUUACAAGAGAAGAAGGAAAUAAAUGAAAACCUUCAGAAAUGUGUACCUUCAAACUGGUUGCAGGCAGUGUGCUGUAUACUGAUGGUUCACGGUCUAUGUGUAUCAUUUUGGGUUUCAAUAUUAUUUUUAAGAAUAAAAUUCCACAGUUUUUGCCA